GGUAAUAUAUGGUUAAACCUCAAUAUCUUCUCAAUAUUUUCUCAAUAUUUGCUUACUUAAAAUGUUUCUAGAAUGAUUUUGUUGAUUGCCGUGAAUUUAUUGCUAGAAGCCCUAAACUUUUUUUGCAUAUAAAGUCAAACUUCACUAUUAGCUUCGUAGUUUCACGAUAGUUUUUCCUCUCUGAUCUAAGUCUCUACUCUCUAAUCUCCCAACUCUUCUUCAUCAACUCAUCAUGUCCGAUUCAGUUCCUACUAAGGAACAAGAUCCAGCUAGGAAACAUGCAACUCCUGUUUCUUCCAAACCUGGUAGUUGGGUGUGUAACUAUUGUAAAAAAAUCACAAGCGGUGGAGUACAACGUGCAAAACAGCACAUUGUUGGUGGUUAUAAAAAUGUUACUGCCUGCACUAUGGUUUCCGAUCAUAUAAAGGAAGAAGUCAGAAGUUUCAUGCUUAAGAAGGCUGAAGCUAAAGCCACUACUCAAAUGAUGCCACCACCACCCAAUUUAUACGAUGAGUAUGAGGAAGAUGAAGAUGAAGGUCAGACUAGUAAGCCACCGCCUUCAAAGAAACGUAAGGGUCCAAUGGACAAGUAUGUAUGUCCAACUCCUCCUGAUGUCUUAAAAGGAAGAAAAGACAAAAAAGAAGUUUUUGGAAAAUCUGAUAAAGAACUUAGGGACAGAGCAUGUGCAGAGAUUGCAAGGUGGUUUUAUGAUGCAAGCCUUCCUUUUAAUGCGGUUAACUAUGACAGUUUCAAAUCUUCACUUGAGUUAGUUGGUCAAUAUGGUUCUGGCUUUAAGCCACCAACCAUGUACGAGCUGCGUGUUCCUUUUCUGAAGAAAGAAGUAAAAGAAACAGAGAAGCAGUUGGUGGAGCACAAAACAGAAUGGUCAAGUAAAGGUUGUUAAAUCAUGUCUGACGGAUGGCGUGAUUCAGUUGUACAAAAGGACAUUGUCAACUUUCUGGUUAAUUCGCCAAAUGGAUCAGUCUUCGUCAAAUCAGUUGAUGUAUCAACAGUUGUGAAAGAUGCUCAUUUGCUGUUUGAUCAUCUUGAUCGUAUGGUGGAAGAAGUUGGAGAAUCUAAUGUUGUCCAAGUGAUAACUGAUAACGCAUCAAACUAUAUAAAAGCUGGUGAGUUUGUUAUAUCUUUAAGAUUUAUAAAGUUUUUUUUUUUUUUUGAUUGUUUAUGUGAGAGAAACUGGAGCGUGUUUCAACAUCUCCAUACUAAGAAAAGAAAUCGAUUGGGUCAACAACGUUUGAAUGACAUGGUGUUUGUUACAUACAAUCGAGCUUUACAACGCCCCUACAAUAGGAAAGACACCAUUGAUCCCAUCAUCCUACAAGAUAUUGAUGACUAUAAUGAAUGGUUGGUAUGAAGAAUGGAUGAGCAGUCAGCUGAUGAGUUUAAUGAUCUAGUGUAUGAAGAUGGUGAUUUAACAUGGGAGGCAGUAAGCACAGCAUCUGGGGCUAAUGAACCUAACUACAAUACUAGAGGCAAAAAAGCAUCAGGAUCGGCAAAGUCUUCAAGAGCUGAGAAAGGGAAGAAUACAACAUCAACCUCCACUCCAACUCCAAGGGCUGAAAGGACAUCUCUAACUCCGAUGACUUUGAUUGAUGAAGAUGAUGAGGAUGAAGCUGAAGAAGAUUUCAUAUGAGGAGAUGAUGAUACUGAAGUUUAUGUCAAAGAUGACGAGUUUGAUGAUGAUGAGAUGGAUUUUUAGGCUUUGUGUUUAAGU